UUUCAGGUAAAAGGAAGCAACUUUUGAGGAUGUCAGUUGAUGAAGCUCCAGUGAACGCGUACAAGUGAGAACUGAGGAUUCCUCCUCUAUUCUGCAAUGGACUCCUCAAGGAUCGGCCUGGACUUCAUCGUGGAGAACCCGGAGUACAUCAGGAAGCUGGCAGCCGCUUUGGACACCACCAACGUAGCGGUGAAAAAGCAGGUCUUCGAGCUGCUGUCGGCCCUGUGCGUACACAACGAAGAAGGCCACGCCAGAGCGCUGGACACCCUAGACCACUAUAAGAAACUGAAAGGUGAGAGAUAUAGACUGAGCGUGAUAGUCCAGGAACUAGACAGAGCAACGGUGGUCGAGUACCAAACAGCCCUAGUCGCAUUCAUCAAUUGCCUUAUAAUAUCCACCCAAAGGUUGACCGACAGGGCCCGUCUGAGAAACGAAUUCAUAGGAUGUCAUCUACUUCCUGUGCUCAACAACCUCAGAAAAUGUGCCGAGGCAGAGCCCGAGCUUGCAGUCCAACUGGACGUCUUCGACGAGCAACGAGAAAGCGACGACGCCCAGAGCCAACAUGGACCUCACGGCGUCGACCUUAAUUCUCCCCUGGACGUUUUUUACGCCAUCCUCAAACAGGUGGCGGAGUCCCCCCAGGAGAUUCCUUUCCUGAGCAUACUGCAGCAUCUACUCAGGAUAGACCCCAAGGAACCCAUCAGUGACAUCAUCUGGGACACGGCAGAGAGGCUGGUCCACAGGGCUACCCUUCUCGAGAACAGAGAAGACGUUACCAGGUUGCUGAGGUCUCCCAGUGCGACACAGUCCAAGUUCUUCUGCCACUGUCAGCACAAGGUCGAGUCUAGUCCCAGUAGGAGGCAGUCGCUGAACAACAUACCGCUGAGUCCGACACCUGGGCCGCCUCCGCCGCCACCCCUAGGUCCUGCUCUACCUCCGCCCCCUCCGCCGCCCCCGAGCAUUCCCGCGCCCCCCUGUAUACCCCCUCCCGUUCCCGCGCCGCCCCCACCCCAGCAUAAGUCGAAAACACCCGCCGUCCACCACGCGGAACCCGACGUCGUGAUAGAAAAGUUACCCCAGCAGGAAAUACCGGCACCGAAAAGCAAGAUGAAGACCAUCAACUGGAACAAGAUACCCAAUAACAGGGUAAUAGGGAAGAACAACAUCUGGACCCAGGUGGCGUACACCCAUCAGGACUCGCCGAUAGCCGACAUGGACUGGUCGGAAAUGGAAGGGCUGUUCUGUCAGCAGGCGCCACCUUCCGCCCAUUCGUCUCCGAAGUUGGGAAACAGGGAUCCGAGUGAUAACGUUGAGAGACGGAUGAGAAAAGACACUUCGGAAAUAACUUUACUCGACGGUAAAAGAAGCUUGAACGUGAAUAUCUUCCUGAAACAAUUUAGAAGCUCAAAUGAAGACAUCGUUCAACUAAUUCGAAACGGCGAACAUGACGAGAUUGGCACGGAGAAACUCAAGGGCCUCCUUAAACUCUUGCCCGAAGUGGACGAACUGGACAUGCUCAAAUCCUUCGACGGAGAUUUUAACAAACUGGGGAACGCUGAGAAAUUUUUAAUCCAACUGACGAAUCUACCAAACUACAAACUAAGGAUAGAAAGCAUGCUCCUCAAAGAGGAAUUUGCUUCGAAUAUGGGUUACCUCGAACCUAGCAUAAAUUCAAUGAUCAUAGCUGCUCAAGAUUUGAUGACCAAUAAACCCCUACAGGACGUUUUGUACAUGAUACUCAUAGCUGGAAACUUCUUAAAUUCUGGAGGUUAUGCUGGAAACGCCGCAGGUGUAAAAUUGACGUCUUUACAAAAAAUCACCGACAUAAGGGCCAACAAGCCCAACAUGAAUUUGAUACAUUUCGUAGCACUGCAAGCCGAGAAGAAAAAUAAGAAGCUUCUUUCCUUCACCGACAACAUUAGCGUCUUGGAGGAUGCAGCGAAGACUACUGUGGAACAGUUACACAACGAAAUAAACGCCCUAGACGUGAGGAUAAAGAAAGUGAAGAAGCAGAUAGAUCUUCCCACGACCGAGCCUGAAAUAAAAGAGCAGAUGGUCGUUUUCUUGCAGAUGGCGGAGAGGGAGGUGGCGAACCUACAAAGGAACCUGGGCGAACUGGACCACGUCCGUAGGGAACUGUCCGACUUUUUCUGCGAAGACGUCAAUUCCUUCAAAUUGGAGGAAUGCUUCAGGAUAUUUCACGGGUUUUACUGCAAGUUUAAGCAGGCGGUCUCCGAGAACGAGCGGAGGAGGAUCCAAGAGGAGCAAGCCAACGAAAGACGAAGGCAACGGGAGGAGUUACUGGCGACUAAAAGACGACAAAUGGAAAGCUUAGCGGGCGCUCCCGACUCGGACGGUUUCUGUAUAGACAUGCAAAUUUACGACACCAGGACUUUCCCCUUGAAAAAGGGUCGGAAGUCUACGAACGGCAGUGGUCUCUCCGAGGACGAGGUUUCCCUCACUGGAUCGCCUUGUCUUUCCAGACGUGGACUGGGCUCUUUCAACGGCAACGGAGACGGGACGGGAAAAGAAGAACGAUCACCCGACAUAACUCCCAACGGAAGUCUGCGAAGGCGAAGGAGCCGCGUCCUGUCCGAAGACGACGAAGGAAAUUUGAUGGAUUUCCUGAGGGCUUCCGGGAACGACAACAACCGAGAGAGAAAAUCUUGGGGUAGCCUAGAUCGUUCCUGGGCGAGAAAAGCGAGAGGGAGCGGUCCGAGGAAGCGACCGGCUUUGCUGACCGCCGAUUUCUCGUCGGAAAGGGAGCGUCCCUCGUCACCGUCUCCCUUAACCGAAAGCAAACCGAUUCUGUCUGCACCCGAGGAAGAAACGAAGCCUAAGGAGUGGAGGCAGAAGAUUGAGUCAUGGUUGCAGGCGAACGAAAGCGAUCAGACUAGCGACGAGCAGAGGCGCCAGGCUAGGAGGCUGACCAAUAGGAGGUCCUUCGAAAUGGAUUCGGAGAGUGAGAGGAGCAGCACCCUGGACACCUUACCGGAAGGAAAACAGGUCUACAGCGGCAGCCAGUCGAACUACAGGAAAGUAUUCCCAGACUGGAAACCCUCCAGCACCAUAGACAAGAUGGACGUGGUCGGAGCGAUGGAAGCUGUAGAAGAAGUACAACCGCAAAUUAAAGACAAAUCGGCUUGGCGCAAAUCCAACCUCAACGUAUCCAACAGCACAGAAGAAACAAAAGACGACAACUACCUAGGUCGACACACCCUACCUCGCGUCCACCGCUCGGACAACACCCUGCACUCCAUUGAGGAAGACAACAAGGACCUGGACCGCAAGGGCUUCAUAACUUCCCUGGGGGAGAGACCGCCGACCGACAAACUUACCCUUUACAUUCGUAAGCCGGGCGAUCCUCUACCGUCGCCGAACGGCGAGAGAAAGUCCAAUCUGACCUUCGUACCUAGAAGGAUGAGGGACUCCCAGCAAAGCAUCGACUCCAUCAGCAAUAACAAAGUGGAAAUAGACCAGGACAACAUAGAAACCCCUCCGGCGACCAGGAAAAUCUUCACUCCCACUCCCGUGGACAAAAGAGAGCCCGUCCAGCCCAGCCCGUGUAGUAGACGCUUAGGCAGGGCCAACAGGGAGGCGGUUCUGAGUCCGGAGGAGCCCGAGAUCAACUCUUCCUUGGGGGACGGCCAAUUCGAUAGGUACUCGGCGGCAAGGCGUACGAGAAGGUACAAACGGAGCCAAGAAAGCAACGAGGCUUCCUCGCCGUCCGAAAUUUCGGCAGAGGCUCUAGCGGUAAAAUCACCGACUCAGAUAGAGAUUUCCCAACCGGUGGACGUUGAGUCCGAGGGGGACAAGGAGAUUCGGUUGAAGGCGUGGCAGGAGAAGCUGAAGAUGCAGAGCGAGCAAGAUAGGAACGAAAGGGGGCACCACAAUGAUAGCGAUGUCGGGCUGAGUAGUUUGGAGUUGAACAGCGACAAUAUGAAUGUAUCGAGGACUUACAUAGCACCGGAAAAGACAAAGGUGAAAUCUAGCAAAAUCGACAUUCCCUCCCGCAAGGCCAAAGAACACGACAACGACGAAGGCUUUGAAGAGACGCAGAGCCUCAUGUCGGAAUCCCCCAGCCAAGGAGCGUCCUCGGGGGGAAACUACGAAACCGACAUGGUGGAUUCCUCGCAAAUCGUCAUAGCAGAAUUCACCAAAACCAAACCUGUCCGAGCACUCUCUAUAGAAAGCAAGGGUACGAUUGAUUCCACCACCAGCAGCGAAACGCCUGUGCCCAGCACAAGAACCGCCCGAUCUUCCCCGAAAUCCACCAAAUCUCAGACCUUGACUACACCAAAACUGCCUCGGGGUUUGGAACGAACCACUUCCCUAAGAAAACCCGCCCAAGACAACGCAUUAAACAAAAAAAGCGUCAUCCCUCGCAGGUCGGAAAGUCUAAGGAGGACCGACGUGAAACCCGCCGCACCCCCCGCAGCGAAAUCGAACAGCAUUCAAAAAUCCAACUCGAGAAACUCCAUCGUCAGCUCCAGGAGCUCCCUAAACAGCGCCACGUCGACCAGCACCGUGAAGAAGUUACCCGUCAAACCAAAUACCAGCAGCAACCUAAGCCGGCCCGUCCAACGCACUCCCAGUACAAAGUCUAUAAACUCGACGGGCAAAACCAACCUGCGGAGGACGACUUCCAACAGCAGCAACAUCAGCAACAAGCCCCCGAGACCUCAGGGGAUGAGCUUCAUGAAACCGACGACUUCCAGCUCGACUAGGAGCACCACCAGCGCCAGCACCGCGAGGAGCUCCUUUAGAUCUAAGAAUUUGUAAGAGUAGCGAGGUUUGUUCGGUGAGAGACGUUGAAUUUGUAGUAGUUAGUUUAUUUACGGCUUGCUCAGAAACAAGUGGCCUUUCCACGAUUGUAAAAAUCAUUUAUGACGUUCACAUUGAAGAAGUGGCCUUUGGUGGGUUCCCCGCGGAACACCACGUUUGUUCUUUUCAGGUAGUACGUAGGAUGAAUAUGUUGGUGCCAUUCCAUGUCUAACGUACGUAAGAUUUCUAGGUAAUUAAAAAUGACCAAAUAAGAAUCUCGAAUAUAUUUGAAUGUUUGUUCACUGACAUCGUCGAUUGACGGCUCGAUGAUCUGAGCGUGUAAAGUGAGAAAAAGGUGCCGGAAUGUUUGGCACCUACACUAGGGGGAUCUCGUAGCUCGUCGAUCGAGAUUUAAAUGAAUUUUUGUUAACUAGUCAAAAGAAGAAUUUUUUAUUGUAGUACUUAAGUGAAAACGAGCAUUUUAAGCUUUUACGACCUUUUUUACGAUGCAAUAAAGAACUUGUAAUUAGGUGAAUUUUAAUAUGCAAAUAUAUGGUAGCGUAUCGAAUUUUUAUAUUUUAAACAGUAACCCAGUUUUUAUUUAUGUAAUUUAAUUUUUUUCGUAAGUCUAAGACAAUUUUAAUUUUUUAUAUUUAUUGAUCGCUAAAAGUAGGUCUUUAUAGUGUAACUUGAAAAAUGUAAUUUUUCCACAGUAUUAUCAGAAAAAAACAGUAAAUAAAAGACUAACUUUACUCAUAGGUCAUCAUUAGAUCUUCCAGUUAAUUUCUCUACAAAAAAUACUUUAUAAAUUAAUUUCAACUAAUAACUAAUUUUUUUAUAUUUAUCUGUUACCAAAUAUUU